AUGCAGUUCUCCCGCAAGUCCUUCACCAACCUCCAGGCCCUCGCGGCCGGGGACUUUGGUGGAUCGAUGUCAGAGCUUGCUGGAGGGGGGCCCCUGUCUGCCUUUCAUGCCGGCGGCAAGAAGGGGUCCACCACCUCGAUGGAUAGCGACUCCAUAAACAGGAGGUCGCAGAGGCUGAUCUUCGUGUGCAACCAGCUCCCACUCCGGGUGAAGGGCCAGGGCAAGGGGGCCUGGAGCUUCGAGUGGGAUGAGGAUGCCCUCAUCGCCCAGGCUCGAGAGGGGCUUCCUGAGGACAUGGAGGCAGUGUAUGUCGGGUGCCUGCCCAUGGAAGUGGACGGCGCAGACCAGGAUGAGGUGAGUCAGCAUCUACAGACCGAGUUCCAGUGUCAUCCGGUCUUCCUCGGGGAAGAGCUUAAGAACAGCUACUACCGACAGUUCUGCAAGCAGCAGCUCUGGCCCCUCCUGCACUACCUCAUCCCCCUCAACCCCACGGGCGUCAACCGCUUCGACCCGGACCUCUGGUCCGCCUAUGUCCGUGCCAACAUGGUAUUUGCCAACAAGCUGGUGGAGGUGCUGGGCUCGCUGGAGGAUGACUUCGUGUGGAUCCACGACUACCACCUGCUGGUGCUGCCCUCCCUGCUUCGCAAGCGCUUCCACCGCAUUAAGUGCGGCAUCUUCCUGCACUCCCCCUUCCCCUCCUCGGAGAUCUUCCGUACUUUCCCGCGCCGCGAGGAGGUCAUGCGCGCCAUGCUCAACGCCGACAUCAUCGGCUUCCACACCUUUGACUAUGCGCGGCACUUCCUCUCCUGCUGCUCGCGGAUGCUGGGGCUGGAGCACAAGACCAACCGCGGCGCCAUCCUCAUCGACUACUAUGGCCGCGACGUUUGCAUAAAGAUCAUGCCCACCGGCAUCAAGCCGGAGCGGCUCCUCGCCGCCUUCGACUGGUCGGACACCCUGUGGCGCCGCGGAGAGCUCUGCGCGCAGUUUGAGGGCAAGACAGUGCUCAUGGGCAUCGACGACAUGGAUGUCUUCAAGGGCAUCGAGCUGAAGCUGCAGGCCUUCGAGCAGGUGCUGAUCCACCACGCCGAGUGGCGCGGCCGCCUGGUCCUCGUCCAGGUCACCUCCGCUGCCAGGGCCCCCGGCAAGGACGUGGACGAGCUGCACUCCUUCGUCGUGGCCCUGGUGCGCCGCAUCAAUGACCGCUUCCGGGCGCCCGGCUACGAGCCGGUGGUCUGGGUGGAACGACCCGUCCCGCUCUACGAGCGCAUGGCCCUGCUGUCGGUGGCCGACUGCGUGGUGGUCACCGCCACGCGCGACGGCAUGAACCUGCUGCCCUACGAGUACGUGGUGGCGCGGCAGGGCGCGGCGGCGGCCGUGGGCGGCGGUGGGCCCGGGGGGGUCGACGCAGCGGGGGGUGACGCGGCGGGUGGUCUUGCGGGCGGCGCGGCGGCGCCGCAGGCGACGCACAGCAUGCUGGUCGUGUCGGAGUUUGUGGGCUGCUCGCCCUCCCUGUCGGGCGCCAUCCGCGUCAACCCCUGGUCCAUCGAGGCGCUGAGGGACGCGAUCUACACGGCCAUCCGCCUGCCGCUGGAGGACCGUGCCGCGCGGCACGAGAAGCACUGGAAGUAUUCGUACCUGGCGGACUUCCAGCGCUUCACCAAGGACCACGCCCGGCUGCAGUGCUUCGACCUGGGCUUUGCACUCAACACCUUCCGCAUGGUGGCCCUGACCUCCAACUUCCGGAAGCUGCCGACGGACACCCUGCUUAAGACGUACAGCCGGUCCGGAAAGCGCGUCUUCCUGCUGGACCACGAUGGCACGCUGGUGCCCCAGGGUGAGUCCAGCAGCCGACCCGGCGACGCGGUGCUGCGGGUGCUGCAGGGCCUCACCGCCAACCCCGCCAACACCGUCUACGUCAUCUCCGGCCGCGCCCGCACCGAGCUGGAGUCCUUCUUCAGCGGCGUGUCGCGGUUGGGCCUGGCGGCGGAGCACGGCUUCUACUGGCGCCCCCCCGGGUCGGAGGCGUGGUCCACCCAGGACCCCGAGGCGCGCUUCGACUGGCGUGACAUUGUCCUGCCCAUCCUGCAGGUUUACAAGGAGUCCACGGACGGCUCCUACAUUGAGGCCAAGGAGAGCGCGCUGGUGUGGCACUACCACGACGCCGACCCCGACUUUGGCAGCUGGCAGGCCAAGGAGCUGCUGGAUCACCUGGAGGGGGUGCUCAGCAACGAGCCCAUCGAGGUGGUGCCCGGGCAGUCUAUCGUAGAGGUGAAGCCACAGGGCGUGUCGAAAGGGCGGGUGGUCGAGCGCGUGCUCCACGAUGCGUUGGAGAGCGGGGAGGCUCCGGAUUUUGUGCUCUGCAUCGGCAACGACCGAUCCGACGAGGACAUGUUUUCAGCAAUGGAGAACAUGAACUUCUCGCCGCACAUACCCACGGAGGUGUUUGCAUGUACGGUGGGCCAGAAGCCCAGCAAGGCGCCAUACUACGUCAACGAUCCCGCCGAGGUCCAGGCCACGCUUUCCAAGAUUGUGGACGUGGAGGCGGCGGCGCCCGCCGACGCCGCAUCCGCGCACCACGUAUCCUUUGCUUGA